ACAAAUUCGACGGGAAACAAGGUGGAGGCAACCGUGGACAAUAAAUCUAUUACUUAUUCGUGUAAAAGCAGCACAGGUAUGGAGAUGAAUUGGAUUCACCACCUCUACACGGCCUAUGCACGAGGGACCUUUGGAAACAAGAUUUUUGAAGUCCAUCGAAAGAACUUCAGGAACUCCAACAAAGGAAGAAGAAAACUUGCUGCACAACGGAACAAUUUUAAAUUUUGA